AUGGUUGCUAUCGCGAGCGGGCUGUGGUGGGACCACUCAAAAACAACAAUCUUGGCCGCCACUCUGACCUUGCCUCUCAACUACAGCAACCUCCUCCUCUCAGGACUCACCAUCCUCGUUACCAUCGCCGGGUCAAGUUUCUGGAACAUCGUUGCUUUCGCUCUUCAUGACUGGAAGGCGAGGAGUGCGAACCCUAGUGCUCUUGACCUUCAGCAUCAAGUCAGCCUACGGAACUCUGCAGGUGCUACUCAGACCCUAUGGGAGGCCUUCAAGAUCCAUAAAGCUUGGUCAAAGAACCGGAAAAAGCCGAUCAUAAAGCAGACGUGUUCUGUGGUAGUUCCGGCUUUGAUCGUCUCGGCAGGCUUCGCCGUCGCGGCGCUGUUCACCUCGAGAGUGGCCAACAAAGCUUACAGCAAUGUCGUUCGCGAUGGGGGCAAAAGGGCAAAACGACACCCGGCGGCUCGCAGCCAUGUCGCCAACUUCUAUGCAAACACUAGCAGCUCGACAGCUCCAUCGAUCUUUAUCCGGCCAACUCUUCCAUACGAUAUUAGCAUUUUCGCACCUUACCCUUUCCCGGCUCGUGACCGCUGCAUUCCAGGCCCUGAUCGAGCGUUUAGCAUCACGUCCGACUUUCUAAGCUCUCAUGAGAUGCUAGGAAUAAAUGCCAAGUUCGAAGAUCGAGUAUCUAUACAGCUGAGCUUGACUUACUCUCCUGUACACACGGACGACCUUACCCAGGAAACUGGAAAUGAGGACGGCGAUUUUAUGGAAUUUUUCCUUGGGCCAAUUUAUGGCGCGACUAAUUACACGUACAGAUACAACAAAGCAAUCGGAAACAAGACUGGAAUUGGCUAUUUAAUUCAUACAACCCAGCUCUCUACAGCCGAUCGAAUUCUCUAUUCCCUAGCACAGUCGAAUACAUAUACAACUGUGGCAAACCUCGGUACAGCGGCGCUAUGGGCCAACAACAUGGUGACCGGACAUGUCUCCUUCGGCCUACCGGAGGAUCAGUGGAAGACUGAGGUGAUUGGCUGGUUCCAGACCAACCUCGCCAUGCUACAGGCACACGUGGUCGAUUUUGCCUCCAACACAGCAGACUUAGGUCCCUUCGGAUACGUUGAACCGCCCAGGAACAGUCAUCUGCAGGAUCAGUGCACCAAGCAGCUAGUACGGGCCGUUGGCGAGGUGCAAAAUUUCAGUGUUUGUGGGAUGCUUAUCAUCGUUUGCGUUAGCGCUGCCCUGAUACUGCUAGAUUGUUCGCUCGAGCGGAUUGUUGAUUUUGUAGACGAUUUCUAUGAGCGAGAUUCAGUAGCUGGGAGGGCGAGGCAGGGAGACAACAAGCUACACCUUCUACGGAUGGCAUUGGGAGGAGACGACUGGACACUCGGGCGAUGGGGUAUCCCUGUGCGGGAUAAUGAUGCAAAGUAUAACAGACCUUGCGCUUCGAAGCGGCUUGUCUCCUAUGGGGGUUCGAACACGGGACUCACGGGAGAAGAUAUAGGACUCAUGCAAGUAUGCAAGUGA